GUUACAAGGGGUUACAGGGGUUACAAGAAGUUACAGGGAUUACAAGGGGUUACAAGGGAAUAUAGAGGGUUACAAGGGUUUACAGAGGGUUACAACGGGUUACAGGGGGUUACAAAAAAUUAUAGAAACUUUCUGCUAACUAGAACGUUCCCAGAUACUUUUACUUGGUCUAUUUUGCAUAAAAAUCAAAGUUGAAGAAAUCUCAAAUUUUUGACCAAAACGAUGGACUAACCCCUUUGGAAAAAUUCGAAUUUUGCGUUUUUCGUAAACAGUUGUUUUUAUAGUCUGUAAAGCCUUCUUUUUUAUCUAGAACGUUAGCAAACACUUUUUCUCGAUCUAUUUUUGAUAAACACAAAAGAUGAAAAAACUUCAACUUUUUGACCAAAAUCAUGGACUAUCCCCUUUGCAAAAAUGCCAGUUUUGCCUUCUUUUUAAAUCCGUGUUUAUAUUGUCUAGAAAGGCCUGCUUUCUAAAGAGAACGUCACCAAACACUUUUUCUGGGUGUAUUUUCCAUAAAACGAAACGUUAACAAAAUUUCAAAUAUUUGACCAAAACCAUGGACUAACCCCUUUGGAAAAAUGUCAAUUUUGUGGGUUUUUGAAACCGAUGUUUUCGUUGUUCAGAAAGGCUUGUUUGCUAUAUAAAACGUCUAAAAUAGUUUAUUGGCGAUUAAUUUUCACGAUCUAUGACAUGGGAAUACAGGGGGUUACAAGGGGUUACAGGGGGUUACAAGAGGUUACAGGGGGUUACAAGGGGUUACAAAGGGUUACAGGGGGUUACAAGGGGUUACAAGGCGUGACCGGGGGUUACAAGGGGUUACAGGGGGUUACAAAAAAUUAUAGAAACUUUCUGCUAACUAGAACGUUCCCAGAUACUUUUACUUGGUCUAUUUUGCAUAAAAAUCAAAGUUGAAGAAAUCUCAAAUUUUUGACCAAAACGAUGGACUAACCCCUUUGGAAAAAUUCGAAUUUUGCCUUUUUCGUAAACAGUUGUUUUUAUAGUCUGUAAAGCCUUCUUUUUUUAUCUAGAACGUUAGCAAACACUUUUUCUCGAUCUAUUUUUGAUAAACACAAAAGAUGAAAAAACUUCAACUUUUUGACCAAAAUCAUGGACUAUCCCCUUUGCAAAAAUGCCAGUUUUGCCUUCUUUUUAAAUCCGUGUUUAUAUUGUCUAGAAAGGCCUGCUUUCUAAAGAGAACGUCACCAAACACUUUUUCUGGGUGUAUUUUCCAUAAAACGAAACGUUAACAAAAUUUCAAAUAUUUGACCAAAACCAUGGACUAACCCCUUUGGAAAAAUGUCAAUUUUGUGGGUUUUUGAAACCGAUGUUUUCGUGGUUCAGAAAGGCUUGUUUGCUAUAUAAAACGUCUAAAAUAGUUAAUUGGCGAUUAAUUUUCACGAUCUAUGACAUGGGAAUACAGGGGGUUACAAGGGGUUACAGGGGGUUACAAGAGGUUACAGGGGGUUACAAGGGGUUACAAAGGGUUACAGGGGGUUACAAGGGGUUACAGGGGGUUACAAAAAAUUAUAGAAACUUUCUGCUAACUAGAACGUUCCCAGAUACUUUUACUUGGUCUAUUUUGCAUAAAAAUCAAAGUUGAAGAAAUCUCAAAUUUUUGACCAAAACGAUGGACUAACCCCUUUGGAAAAAUGUCAAUUUUGUGGGUUUUUGAAACCGAUGUUUUCGUUGUUCAGAAAGGCUUGUUUGCUAUAUAAAACGUCUAAAAUAGUUUAUUGGCGAUUAAUGUCACUAUUCCGCUUGUAAGAUACGCAUGCAAACGUCACGCAAGUAAAUAACGCACGCAGGCUAAGUAAACAACAACUCCAUGAUGGCGUAAUAAGGGGGGGACACAGCCCUGUGGCAGGUUAUAGCGACUUCGGGUUUUGCGCACAAAAUAACACAAGCCUUACUUGUCGCCCCACUACCGUGGGGUAGGACAAGAGUCUUGGCAAAGCCUUUCUUAUCUCCCCAGCGCCGCACAGGCUGGAUCGGACAAGAUUAAGGCAAAGGAAUAGCUCAAAAGAUGGCAAGACACAAGCAAUGCCAAAAGCUUGGGGGAAGUCGCAACGCAGACUUAACCGCACCACAAGGAGUGACCCCCCAAAAUUUAUUGAGACAAAACAUAACAACUACUCCUCCAAAGGGAGGGAGGGUGGGUAACAAAACUACUUUAAAUGAUUGCUUUCGUGCAAGCUAACCAAAUAAUGACUAGAAGUGGCAUUUGCAAAGCUUUAUAGUCAGACAGUGUCUCAAAAUACGGCCAAUAGGCACAGUUGUACUAUUAACUAUCUCAACUCAUCAUGACUAAGGUCUGGCCGUGAAUAGAACUGAAUAGGGCUUUGAAUACAGGGACCAAUCUUUGCGAAGGUAAGAAAAUAUACGAUGACAAACAUGCGACAACUCAGUGAGGUUCUAGCCAUGAAAAGCUUUUGUUUUCUGCUUAAAGAAUAGAGUGCUUUCAUUUAAUGAAUCGGGCUUUCAAGACAUCACCUAGCCUAAGACGAGACAGGCUUUCUCUGCCUACCCCCCUGGGGCUUCAUGCUCCAUUAACUGCAUUUACCCGCUGGUAAAUGUCUCAUUAAUGUCACUAUUUAAGAUACGCAUGCAAACGUCACGCAAGUAAAUAACGCACGCAGGCUAAGUAAACAACAACUCCAUGAUGGCGUAAUAAGGGGGGGACACAGCCCUGUGGCAGGUUAUAGCGACUUCGGGUUUUGCGCACAAAAUAACACAAGCCUUACUUGUCGCCCCACUACCGUGGGGUAGGACAAGAGUCUUGGCAGAGCCUUUCUUAUCUCCCCAGCGCCGCACGGGCUGGAUCGGACAAGAUUAAGGCAAAGGAAUAGCUAAAAAGAUGGCAAGACACAAGCAAUGCCAAAAGCUUGGGGGAAGUCGCAACGCAGACUUAACCGCCACAGAUGCAUGCAAUGCAAAACCCCAAGCAAAAACAAAACACUAAAUAAAGUUCCCUGACACGCGAGCCAUUUUGGGAACAGCAGAAAGCAAGACCGUUUCGGGAGUGCGAAUAUACAGCUGAUAACAGUCCGAGGACCAACGACCUAAAACUUUUAUUAACCAGUCUGGUAAGCCCGCAGCGGCCGCAGCAGACGCGGCGCCUAUACGGAAACUGUGACCUUUUAGACUCUCGUAUGGGAGUCCCGCACAGCGAGCAGAGUCCUGAAGUAAAUGCGUAACAGAGGACCGAGUGAGAAGCCGACCCGACUGAAAGUAAAAAAGGGGCCCAGGCCGAGGCUGGGCAAGCAGAAAAUACCGUUGCAUCGCGGAAACGGGGCACAAUAGAGAAGAGCACCGAGCGACAACGAGAUUGCCCCUGUCGAAAACUGUCAGUUUUAGAAGAUUUAAGUUUGAGAAGCAUGUGCUGCGGGGCAAGCCAGACUUGGUGAGAAAGUCACGCAAUCAGUGGUGAGGUUAAACUGAGAACUAAAACUACGUGCCCCGGGUACGUAAACUCGCUACAACGAAGAAAGGCAAAAAAGGCUAGGGUAAAUGCCGCCCAGAUCAUAGAAAAAUCCCGAUCAUCUAACCAGCUCUCAAGGACGGGACGGAUAGCUAACAGGACCCGGGGGUCACCGGCUGACGACUUAUACGAGAACACCCUGGUAACGAAGAAUGCCCCUUAAAAUCUUUUUUUAAAAGCAGCUUGCCCUGUAAGGGGUCAUUGUAACCUGAAACUAUAUGUAGAUUCCUGACGGCUGCUAAAUAUAUUUUGAUUGUGCAAUGUCGAACUGUGCGGGCUAAAUAAGACGCAAAAUAGAUAAGUGUCCCCUCCGACGCAGGUAAAAUAUCACCUGUUGGAGAUGUAAGUCUGUUCAUAAGACAAAAUGAGAUAAAACGCUUUUCUCCGGAUGUAUAGGUGCGUUUGGUGUUCCAUGAUAAGGCCCAGUUAGCAUACCGUUGAACUUCAUCCUUCAGAGGGUCAUGAACGAAGGAGGGAUGAAACAAGGGUCCGGUCGGCAUUGGGUGCGAGAUCCCUGAAGCGUUUGACCUGGAAACGUGAGAGGGCGUCAGCAAUUCCGUUAUCUACCCCGGAACGUGGCGGGCCCGUACCAAGAAGUUGUGUUUCAUAGAAAUGAGAACCAAAAACGGACCAGGUCCAUCACCCGGGGAGCUUUUGAGUGGCCAGAGUUGAUAAUAGCCACGACGCUUUCAUUGUCGCACCAAAAUUGAAGGCGUUUACCCGCAAAAUGGGGGUACCAGAGGGCGCAAGCGAUAACAAUAGGGAAGAGUUCUUGCCAUUCAAUGCUAAUCCCCGUCUUCUUGUUGAUAAGAAGGUGAGGCGGCCAGUGCCCUUGGAACCAUUUCCCAUUAAAAUACCCCCGAACCCAAUGGUGCUAGCUGCAUCUGUGUACAAUUCAAGGUCAGGGAGGAGGUAACAAAGGAAUCAAGGAAGAAGGACCGCCCGUUCCAUUGGGUGAGAAAAACUUUCCACAUAGUAAUAUCCCGUUGGAAUUGCUUGUUCAGACGGAUAUGGUGAAAACGGCUAGGAACACCCCUGGUGAGAUUGAUCAUGCGCUGGAGAAAGGUUCGCCCGGGGACCACUACUUUACAGGCAAAUUGCAAGGUGCCGAUAAGGGACUGGAGGUCCACUAGACGGGCUGAGCGGCGGGCACUAAAGGAAUCAAGGAGCUGACUAAUCCGAGCUAGCUUAUCCUCCGGCAGCCUAGCUUCCAUGCGGGUACUAUCGAGCACAAUCCCCAUAAAUUCCAAGACUUGGGGGGGCCCAGGGUUUUGGCUGCUACUAUUGGUACCCGGAGGGACGUGAACGCUUUUAAAAGGGUACUAAAGUUCUCUAAGCAGGUCAGCUUAGAAGACUCUGCGAUAAAGAAGUCGUCCAGGAUGUGGAUAACAUGGCCCAGGCCGUAGUUGUUUUUUAAGAUCCAUUCUAAGGCGUCAGAAAUUUGAUUAAAGAGGAAGGGUGAACUGCGGAGCCCGAAUGGGAGGUACAGAUCUACAUAGUAACGUGAUUGCCAAUAAAUACCCAACAGGUUCCAAUCAUCCGGGUGAAUAGGCAUAAUACGGAACGCCGAUUUAAGGUCGGUUUUAGCCAUGUACGCCCCGGGACCCAAGGACUUCAGAAUGCUUAUUGCGUCGUCUACCCGUACAUACUGAAGAGAAUAAGGGUCUUUUGGAAUAUGAUCAUUUACGCUGUCACCCGGGGGAUAGGAUAGGUGAUAGAUAGUGCGCCAUUCCGUGGAGUGCUUUUUUGGCACCACGCCGAUAGGGUGGCACUGGAAAUUGGGGAGUGGGGGCGAGAGAAAGGGGCCUGCAACUCUACCCAACGACAUUUCCUUACUUAAAUUCGCGGAAAUAACCUCGGGGUGUUGGGAAGCGGAGAUCAAGUUAUUGGAUACCCGGAAUUUUUGGGGACCAAGGUAACCGAUACGAGUCCCGUACCUGAGGGCAUUAACUAAGUUAUCAACAAAAGAUCGAUUAGGGUGAUUAACUAAUUCAAGCGCUAAUUUAUCUACAUCGAGAGAGGUGGACACUGUUGGUCUCUGCUUCCGCUGGCACUGUUCCACUUUAUUUUUUGCUGCGAUCGCCCGGGGUUGCUGAUUUGGUGCCUGUGGCAUGCUGUCUGGAGCUGGGGCAAUUGAAGAGUGCGUGACUGCUGGAUCCACAGCGGCGGCAAUUGUGGGGGAAGUAACAGGUACGUCGCUGACACCCUGAGGGUUUGUUGUAAUCGAAGCAAACGAGGGCAGACCGGCGAGGCUUUUGCUGGGUUCCUGGUGGGGGCAGUCAUCAGAUUGAUGGUACGGGCUAGAGCAUAUAGAACAAUGGGGCUUAGCGGUACCCGUAAAGGUCACCGUCCAAAGUUCGAUAUCUAUCCUAUCCCAUGCGAUGGUAAGAUCGCGAGCUGCGCGGCGUCUAAAGUGCUCAUCGUAUGUGUACCACGCUAAGCCCUUGAACUUAGUUACUGCGCGACUAAUGAUCUGCUGAUACUUUAUGAGCUCCACCGCCCGGUUGGGGUAGGCCGUGACGAUUACCAGCAUGUAAGCCAUAAACGCGUCCAACCAUUUUUGAAAAGAGUCUACAACUGGUUUCUUGCGCUUAACAACAGUAAGCGGGGAGCCCAAGGAGCCUGGGGCGAGUCCUCGUAACGCAAUUGGAGGGCGGGGGUCUGGGUCUGGUACAGUGUUUCUGGCAAAAGCAAAGAGAAAUCAACGUACUCACCGCGGAGUAUUUUAUCCUCGAGUGUCUUGUCCAAGGGACGAUUGAGGCCGUUCGGAGAGACCACAGAAGGAACACGAGGACUUGGUGUGCUGGAAAACGCGGGAGCAGGCGGGAUAACGUCGUUGUGUGGGAGCGAUUGAAACACUGCUUGAACAGUCGACGAAACGGUGUCCUGGAUCGCCGCUAGUUGAGCCGGGGUAAAAACAGCGUCACACAACUCCAUGGGUUCCAUUGGUUCUGCGUUUAAAUCGACCAAAAAGGUCGCUUGUGGCGGACUCCUCCUCCUCUGGGAAGUGGUCCAAGACUUCAUCUCGGUCUUGAGGUUCGGAAGGCAAGUUGGACGAGGCGGAUUGACAAUUGAGACUCCGUGCGGCCUGUUUGGAGCGCUUCGACGAGGUUGGUGACCUCUUGGCCACUCGACCAUCAGCCCGUUUGGUUCGCGUGGGUGCAGAGAGCUGGCGGGUUCCAUUCGCUGAACGAAGCCUUUCGACCAAGCGAGCGUGGUUUCCCGUGACAGGAAGAUUCAGUUGUUGCAAACGAAGCCGGAGUACUUCGCUGGAAAGCUUUGAAAGGUCGGUACUUGGACGCGAUGUCGCGGGCUGGGAACGUGGACGAGCCAUAACAAAGCUACUUUAAAUGAUUGCUUUCGUGCAAGCUAACCAAAUAAUGACUAGAAGUGGCAUUUGCAAAGCUUUAUAGUCAGACAGUGUCUCAAAAUACGGCCAAUAGGCACAGUUGUACUAUUAACUAUCUCAACUCAUCAUGACUAAGGUCUGGCCGUGAAUAGAACUGAAUAGGGCUUUGAAUACAGGGACCAAUCUUUGCGAAGGUAAGAAAAUAUACGAUGACAAACAUGCGACAACUCAGUGAGGUUCUAGCCAUGAAAAGCUUUUGUUUUCUGCUUAAAGAAUAGAGUGCUUUCAUUUAAUGAAUCGGGCUUUCAAGACAUCACCUAGCCUAAGACGAGACAGGCUUUCUCUGCCUACCACCCUGGGGCUUCAUGCUCCAUUAACUGCAUUUACCCGCUGGUAAAUGUCUCAUUAAUUUUCACGAUCUAUGACAUGGGAAUACAGGAGGUUACAAGGGGUUACAGGGGGUUACAAGAGGUUACAGGGGGUUACAAGGGGUUACAAAGGGUUACAGGGGGUUACAAGGGGUUACAAGGGGUGACAGGGGGUUACAAGGGGUUACAGGGGGUUACAAAAAAUUAUAGAAACUUUCUGCUAACUAGAACGUUCCCAGAUACUUUUACUUGGUCUAUUUUGCAUAAAAAUCAAAGUUGAAGAAAUCUCAAAUUUUUGACCAAAACGAUGGACUAACCCCUUUGGAAAAAUUCGAAUUUUGCGUUUUUCGUAAACAGUUGUUUUUAUAGUCUGUAAAGCCUUCUUUUUUCUCUAGAACGUUAGCAAACACUUUUUCUCGAUCUAUUUUUGAUAAACACAAAAGAUGAAAAAACUUCAACUUUUUGACCAAAAUCAUGGACUAUCCCCUUUGCAAAAAUACCAGUUUUGCCUUCUUUUUAAAUCCGUGUUUAUAUUGUCUAGAGAGGCCUGCUUUCUAAAGAGAACGUCACCAAACACUUUUUCUAGGUGUAUUUUCCAUAAAACGAAACGUUAACAAAAUUUCAAAUAUUUGACCAAAACCAUGGACUAACCCCUUUGGAAAAAUGUCAAUUUUGUGGGUUUUUGAAACCGAUGUUUUCGUUGUUCAGAAAGGCUUGUUUGCUAUAUAAAACGUCCGAAAUAGUUUAUUGGCGAUUAAUUUUCACGAUCUAUGACAUGGGAAUACAGGGGUUUACAAGGGGUUACAGGGGGUUACAAGAGGUUACAGGGGGUUACAAGGGGUUACAAAGGGUUACAGGGGGUUACAAGGGGUUACAAGGGGUGACAGGGGGUUACAAGGGGUUACAGGGGGUUACAAAAAUUAUAGAAACUUUCUGCUAACUAGAACGUUCCCAGAUACUUUAAUUGGUCUAUUUUGCAUAAAAAUCAAAGUUGAAGAAAUCUCAAAUUUUUGACCAAAACGAUGGACUAACCCCUUUGGAAAAAUUCGGAUUUUGCGUUUUUCGUAAACAGUUGUUUUUAUAGUCUGUAAAGCCUUCUUUUUUUAUCUAGAACGUUAGCAAACACUUUUUCUCGAUCUAUUUUUGAUAAACACAAAAGAUGAAAAAACUUCAACUUUUUGACCAAAAUCAUGGACUAUCCCCUUUGCAAAAAUGCCAGUUUUGCCUUCUUUUUAAAUCCGUGUUUAUAUUGUCUAGAAAGGCCUGCUUUCUAAAGAGAACGUCACCAAACACUUUUUCUGGGUGUAUUUUCCAUAAAACGAAAUGUUAACAAAAUUUCAAAUAUUUGACCAAAACCAUGGACUACCCCCUUUGGAAAAAUGUCAAUUUUGUGGGUUUUUGAAACCGAUGUUUUCGUUGUUCAGAAAGGCUUGUUUGCUAUAUAAAACGUCCGAAAUAGUUUAUUGGCGAUUAAUUUUCACGAUCUAUGACAUGGGAAUACAGGGGGUUACAAGGGGUUACAGGGGGUUACAAGAGGUUACAGGGGGUUACAAGGGGUUACAAAGGGUUACAGGGGUUACAAGGGGUUACAAGGGGUGACAGGGGUUACAAGGGGUUACAGGGGUUACAAAAAAUUAUAGAAACUUUCUGCUGACUAGAACGUUCCCAGAUACUUUUACUUGGUCUAUUUUGCAUAAAAAUCAAAGUUGAAGAAAUCUCAAAUUUUUGACCAAAACGAUGGACUAACCCCUUUGGAAAAAUCCGAAUUUUGCGUUUUUCGUAAACAGUUGUUUUUAUAGUCUGUAAAGCCUUCUUUUUUAUCUAGAACGUUAGCAAACACUUUUUCUCGAUCUAUUUUUGAUAAACACAAAAGAUGAAAAAACUUCAACUUUUUGACCAAAAUCAUGGACUAUCCCCUUUUCAAAAAUGCCACCUUUGCCUUCUUUUUAAAUCCGUGUUUAUAUUGUCUAGAAAGGCCUGCUUUCUAAAGAGAACGUCACCAAACACUUUUUCUGGGUGUAUUUUCCAUAAAACGAAACGUUAACAAAAUUUCAAAUAUUUGACCAAAACCAUGGACUAACCCCUUUGGAAAAAUGUCAAUUUUGUGGGUUUUUGAAACCGAUGUUUUCGUUGUUCAGAAAGGCUUGUUUGCUAUAUAAAACGUCCAAAAUAGUUUAUUGGCGAUUAAUUUUCACGAUCUAUGACAUGGGAAUACAGGGGGUUACAAGGGGUUACAGGGGGUUACAAGAGGUUACAGGGGGUUACAAGGGGUUACAAAGGGUUACAGGGGGUUACAAGGGGUUACAAGGGGUGACAGGGGGUUACAAGGGGUUACAGGGGGUUACAAAAAAUUAUAGA